AUGGAUUCAGAUAAGAAUCUAAUUAAUGACUCCUCAGUCUCUCCUCAGAAGGAGGGAGUGUUAUAUAGCAUAGAUCCAGGAUCAAGGCGACCGCAUGAAUAUGAAUCAUCAUCAACAACUGCAUCAUCGUCAUCAGAUUCACCACCCGUACGAUCAAGUUUGUUUCAUAAAUUAUUUCAAAAGGAUGAAGAUAGAAGUACACCAACUGAAGUUUAUAAUAUAAGAGUUGUUUUCACUGCAUUAGCUGCAUCGAUGGCAGCAAUUAUCAUAGGUUAUGAUGGAGGUUUCAUAGGAGGCACAGUUUCAUUACAAUCAUUUUUACAAGAAUUUCAAUUAAUCGAUAAUGAAAAUUCAACCAAUAUAAUAGCUAAUGUUAUAUCGGUAUUCCAUGUUGGUUGUUUCUUUGGUGCUUUAAUAUCAUAUCCAUUUUCAUAUUAUUUAGGUAGGAGACUCUCUUUAAUCAUUGCAUCUGUUUUAAUCACUAUAGGAUCAGGUAUCCUGUUAAUAUCAUCACUGAAAAAUGGAUUGGGACCAAUAUAUGCUGGUAGAGUCAUAUCAGGGAUUUCUGUUGGAUUCUCAACUAAUUUAACUGUGGUAUAUAUAUCUGAGAUUUCGCCUCCAGCUAUUAGAGGUCAAUUAACCAGUUGUUAUGAAAUUGGAUGGAGAAUUGGUGAUGUAGUUGGAUUUUGGAUAUCAUAUGGAGUUAAUUCUCAUAUCAGUAAUGAUUCAAAGUUACAAUGGUUUAUCCCUUUUGCUAUUCAAUUAAUCCCCAGUGGAUUGUUUCUCUUGGGUAGUCUUGUCAUUAAGGAAUCACCCCGGUGGUUAUUUCAAGUGAAUAAAGAUGAACAAGCCAUUAAGAAUUUAACUUGGUUAAGGAACUUGCCUGAAGAUCAUGAAUAUAUCAUCUAUGAAAUCAAUCAAAUCAAAGAAUCUAUUGAAUAUCAAAGAAUCAAUGUUGGAUUAGGUUUAUGGGAUCCAUUCAAAGAAGUCUUUGUUACUAAUAGAAAGUUAUUAAAACGAUUAUUAAUCACAUGUACUUUAUUUUUAUUUCAAAAUUUCUUAGGUAUUCAAUCAAUCAACUAUUAUUCCCCUAUAAUCUUUGAAAAUCUUGGUAUUAAAGGUAUGAAUGCCACCUUAUUCUCCACGGGAAUGUUUGGAGUUGUUAAAUUUAUUUGUACAUUUACUUAUAUCUUAUUCAUUGUUGAUACAGUUGGAAGAAGAAAAUCAUUUAUGUCAUCUUCAACGGUAUGUUCUAUAUGUUUCUGGUACAUUGGAACUUAUCUAAGGGUUAGAGAAUCAUCAUCUAUCCCAUUAGCAGACCAAAAGGCAGGACCAGCAGGUACAUUAGCUGUGGUUUUCAUGUAUAUUUGGAUUGCAUCAUUUAUAUUAGCAUGGUCUGGUGGACCAUUUGUGGUUGGAAGUGAAAUCUUUGAUCAAAAUAUUCGAGCAUUUAUUCAAGCUAUUAAUGCUGCUGUAUCUUGGAUUCCUAUAUUUUUAAUGGCAAGAUUUACAACUCAAAUGAUUGAUUCAAUGCAUUAUGGAAUUUAUUAUUUAUUUGCCAGUUUAUCAGUUAUUUCAAUCCCAUUUGUCUAUUUUUAUCUACCAGAAACAAAAGGGAUUGCAUUAGAAGAUAUGGAUAAACUAUUUAAUCCUGACUUGAAAGCCAGAGAAGCUCAUAAGAUUGUAUUGAGUCAAGUUAGACAACAGAAUAAAUUAAAUCUACAUGAUAAGUCGUUAUUCAAAAUUGACACUAAUAAAUCGAAUAGUAUAAAGAAUAUAGAGAACAUAGUUCAUUCAUGA